AUCUGACCUCAAGGCCUGCCCUAUCGACCACAACUCCACCGAUCAAGAGCACAGCAUUUACAGCAUACAUACUCAAACCUGAAAUAAAUCGCGGUAGAUGGAUCGAUUUAGAUCAGGCACCAAGCUUGUAUUCCAUCGUUCGGCCUUACACUGCCCAUCUCAUUUCCCCAGACAGCAGCAAACAACUGCGGGCUGACAAGUCAGUUCCCAGAAAUGAGGUCCGGCCUAGAUCUCGCCCCGCCUCCCAGCUCUGAACAGCUCUUGCAGAUCAUCGCCUACGUCAUCUCCCAAGCCCGACGCGACCUCGCCAUUUCUUCGCUGCGCGGUCGUCCCAGCGGCCGUGCCGUUUCCACCAUUCCCACGGCUUCAUACGAGCUUCAGGCAAUUUCAACAGAAACCGGCCCGCCCUCCCUAGGCGCGCAGGCAAACCCUCGCUCAGACGCCGUCCCAGCCUUACCCUCGGUCUCUCACCAGCCUCCUCGUCCCGACGCUUCCAAGGUGACGGAACCUGCGUCGCCACAGCCCGUCUUGCAUAAGCGGAACCAACACUCGAUUUUUCGCAGUCUCACAACAUCGGCCACAGGCCCGACUCGACUUCAACGCCUUUCUUCCGCCCGUCUGUGGAAUCCUACAAACUCAACCCCCAGAGCUCCCUCCCACAAGCGACGCCCUUCAAGCCCGAUUGGACCUCCCGUCCCACUACAGCACCCGGCCCUCGAUCAAUCUACCGACACUGCCGACCCAAACGUCACCGGUGCUGGCGACUAUCCCCUGCUGACUCUCACCGAACACCGACAGGUGCGGCACUCUUCGUCAACACCACUCAGCUUUCAGUUCGACCUCAACACAACGGAUAAUAAGCGCAUAAGCUUGCCUGGAUCUGUCCGGGCUUCGUACGACGAGAGACGCUCACAAACCCUCUCCCCAACCCGGUUUGAUUUCCAAACGAGGACCAGCGGCGAUUUCACUAGCGAAUCGCCGCCACCUAUCAACAAUCACAAAGUUGAUAAGGGCAAAGGCAUCAUGCUACCCGAAAAUGAGGAACCGAGGAGGUCCCACUCCAGAGACUUGGAGCGAGGACCUGAUGUAAUGGACCACCCUCGCUUCUCCAACGUAUCCUUUGGGGAUGGUAUAGGAUCUGCAAUCUCGUCAUCCAACUCGUCAAUCAUGGGCGAAGAGAUCCAGCCAGAUCUAGGGGAAUCGUGGGGACCGCAGCACCCUUGCUUCCCUCACUUAAACCCCCAUGUACCAUCAGACUCUGCAGAAUAUGCCAAGACGCGGAUAAUCCGAAUCCGCCGCGACUGGCUUCUCCAGGGUGAUCUUGCUCCCACCUUUUCGAACCUUUACCCUGAGAUUCUGGAUCCUGCUGGGAUUCCCGAGCCUGAAUUCCGGCGCAUCAUAGACAAGCUCAACAAGGAGCUGGUACCAGCUUUUGAUCCCUACAAUCCCCGCAAUGUACUCGACGCGGUCCUGGGCCUUGUUACUGGAUGGCUUUGGGAUGACUUUGGUAUGACUGGCAUCAAAUCCCGAUUGAACAACUUGGAGUUGUGGAUAGAAAAGUGGAAUCGAGAAAAAGAAAAGACCACACCAUCCGAGGAGGGCAUUCUCCCUCCAAAACUCAUUUCGCUCCGGCGCACCGGUUACAUGACUCUGGACAUACAAAUACCAGACCCAGAGAUUGCACCGGCACCGAGUAGCACAGGCGCUGCUGAGUCAAUUGCAGCUAUGCCCUUGGAACCAGCACCCGUGCUCGUCGCAUGAACAACCAUAUGCUAAGACUUUUUUUUCUUUGUCUGUUUGAAGAUUUGCUGCCUCAUUCCUCUUCUUAUAUUUAUUCUUCCAUCUAAUAUUCUCACGACCAAUGGAGGCGCCAUGAGAAGAGCAGGCUCUUUUGUUACGAUUUGAUCCUUGAAAAACUUGUUUUUCAGAGGAAUGUUUAUUUUGAUACCAUAGGCAUCGCACGGCGUUGGGGUUAGCCUUGCUUUGACGCUGCCUUUUGAGGAGGUAGCGACUUUUUUGUUUCUUGGAUGAUUAGAUGUUUGUCACUUGGUGAAAAAAACGGGACGUGACGGAGGGUGAAUGUUGUUCUAAUGUCCCGACUGUAUAAGCUUAUGAAGAGUUCAGACGAUAGGAGUAGCCG